ACCCGCCUCUCCUCCAUCAUUCUCAGCCUUCCUCUUUACGCAGAAAAACCCUAAUAAGCUCAACUCUAUUUUCUCCAGAUCAUUGUAGUUGCAGCGAGAUGGGGGCAAAGGCGAAAAAGGCAAUGAAGAAGCAGCUGAGCAAAGCUUCUGCUCAAUUAUCAGUAUCUACUCACAAUAAAGAAGCUGCUGCUACUGCUGCUGAUUUCUUGCCAUUGGAAGGCGGCCCUGCGCGUAAGCUCCCCGAAGAAAAGCCCAAGGAGGAUGUCGCCAAGGUGUUAUACAUUGGUCGGAUACCUCACGGUUUCUAUGAGAAGGAAAUGGAAGGAUUUUUCGGGCAAUUCGGUGUGAUUAAGAGACUGAGAAUUGCACGUAACAAAAAGACAGGAAAAUCAAAGCACUUUGGCUUCAUUGAGUUUGAGGACCCUGGGGUGGCGAAAGUUGUAGCUGAAACUAUGCAUAAUUAUUUGUUGUUCGAACACCUUUUGCAAGUCCGUCUUAUUCCUCCACAGCAAGUUCACCCAAAAUUAUGGAAAGGUUUCAACUACCGAGUCAAACCCUUGAACUGGGUUCAAAUUGAGCGGAAGAGGCAUGACAAGGAAAGGACAUUGGAAGAGCACAAGAAGUUGGUGGAGAAGAUUUUGAAGAGAGAUCUGAAGCGUCAAAAGAGAAUUGAGGCUGCUGGUAUUGAUUAUGAAUGCCCAGAAAUUGUUGGUAGUAUUGAACAGCCUGCUCCAAAGAAAAGGAAAACUGACCGAAAGAAUGUUGACUUAGGGAUGAAGAGCAAACACUAGUUGGUCCACCCAUUAACUGAAAAGAGGCAUUUCUUGGAUAUCUGGAGAUUUUGGAUAUGAGUUUUGAAUUUUAUAAAUAUAUCCUUCUGUAGCUUAUGGUUCAUGACCUUUUUAAUCACUUAUGUAAUGUAAUCAUGAUUUGGCCAUCGACAAAGCUUAUAAGCAUCUUCGGUUUUAAAGAUAUAUCUCAUGUAAUAGCUCUGUCGUUGUUCGGUUAUAAACAUCCUCAUUACUGCAGUUGUCACAAGGCACGUCCAUCCAUUACACUCUUCCAUGGUUUCUUUGGACGUUGCUUGUGUUGCAGCUAAACUAUUGCACCACAAGUUUUACGAUGUCAGGUGACGGUUCCUUAUUUUUCUGCUUUCA